AAGAGGGAGUGUCCUCAGUAGUUUUCUCACUGAGGCACAGCAGACACGGCUCAACACGACCAGAAACUGAAACACAGUCUGACUUGCAAAGCCAGCCUAACCAGGAGCUCUCUCCGGCUUGUUUCCUGUACUUGGAGGCCAUCUUGAGUGGACGGAUUUACAGCUAUUGGCAUGUGUCUUGCCUUUCUCAUUUGUUAGAGUUUCUUUUUUGUCCUCGGUGUGUUUCCUUGAAGUUUGGACGCUUUCCUCUUCAAAGCUGCUUUGGGGUAGUGAGGGAACAGGAAGCAGGAGGAGGAGAAGGAGGAGGACGUUUCAUUUCAAAGCUUAACUUUAUCUGUAUUUGUCACCUGCUCCUUCUCUGAAAUGAAAGCCGUAUAGAGGACCUUUCUGUUAAAGGGAGGGCGAAAAGAAAGAAGAGCCACUUCCUGGAAAGGGAUCAGUUGUUUUUAAGCUCUAGUAGACAGAGACACACAGCAGGGACGGCCGCUAUUGAUGAGUGAGUGACUGCUGGUGUGUGUAGGUGAGUUUUCUGCCUCACACUACCCAGUCUUAUCUCUUGACUGUCUUUGACUCUUCGGCAUGGCCAACGUCAGUCCCUUCAUAUCUCCGGGACACAUGUCCCAUGUCUUCUUCCCCCCUGGUGGCCCAUCUCCACCUGGGUCAGUGGUGAUGCAGCAGGGGACACCAGUCUCAGUCCAUCCAUCUCAAACCCCAGGGUUCCCUACAGUGGACAUGGGAGUUGCUCCAGGUCCCGGCGGGGCAUCUGGAAUACCGCACGGGCCUCCGGCACCAGCCGGUGUCUCCUUCAUGAUACAGAUUGGACUUACAAGAGAGUCUGUCCUUCUUCCCCAAACGGCAGACCUGGCCUACGUCAAACAAAUUGCUUGCUCAAUUGUGGAUCAGAAGUUUCCUGAAUGUGGCUUUUAUGGGAUCUAUGACAAGAUCCUCCUCUUCAAGCAUGACACCGGCAGCAGUAACAUCCUGCAGCUGGUCAAGGCUGUGUCGGACAUCCAGGAAGGGGACCUGGUGGAAGUUGUUUUGUCAGCUGCUGCUACAUCCGAGGACUUCCAGAUCCGCCCUCACGCGCUAAACGUGCACUCGUAUCGUGCGCCGGCAUUCUGCGAUCACUGCGGCGAGAUGCUUUUCGGCCUGGUGCGUCAAGGACUCAAAUGUGAUGGCUGUGGACUGAAUUACCACAAACGCUGUGCUUUUAGUAUUCCCAAUAACUGCAGCGGGGCGAGGAAGCGGCGUCUGUCCACCACGUCCCUCACCAGCAGUCAGUCUCUGCGUCUGUCCACCGCAGAGUCCCUCAGUAGUCUCAACAGCAGCGUGACGUCUGAAGACGCCAGUCUCAUCCGAUCGCACACCCAGAUGCCCCGCACCCCCAGUGAGGCCAGGCGCUUCUACACCGGGCGGCCCGUCCACCUGGACAAGAUCCUCAUGACUAAAGUGAAGGUCCCGCACACAUUCGCCGUUCACUCGUACACGCGUCCCACUGUGUGUCAGUACUGCAAGAGACUGCUGAGAGGACUCUUCCGCCAGGGACUCCAGUGCAAAGACUGCAAGUUCAACUGCCACAAGCGAUGUGCAUACAAGGUCCCAAAUGACUGCUUAGGGGAGUCUCUUGAUAUAUUAAGUCCAAGCACAGACACGGAGGUGCCGAUGGACUACAGUAAUGAGUAUUCUGACACUGACAAGUCAUCUCUGAUGGACGACUCGGAUGAGGCCUGCAGUAUCCCUGGGUCUUUCUCCCCAGACAGCAACCAGGAUGGAGCCAGUGGAGAGCAGAGUGCUAAUAUUCCUCUGAUGAGAGUGGUGCAGUCGAUCAGGCAGACCACACGUCGCUCUAGCACAGCCAUCAAGGAGGGCUGGAUGGUUCACUACAGCAACAAGGACACACUGAGGAAGAAACACUACUGGCGCCUGGACUGCAAAUGCAUCAUCCUGUUUCAAAACGACACCACCAACAAAUACUACAAGGAGAUCCCGCUCUCAGAAAUCCUUCAGGUCCGUCCGGCGGGUGAUUUCUCUCUCGUCCCUCCCGGCACAAGCCCCCAUUGCUUUGAGAUCAUGACGGGUACCAUGAUCUACUUCGUCGGUGAGGACCCCAACACCGCCCCGUCCCCAUCAUCCAGUGUGCCUGGUCUGCCCAUCUCCGCCAGCCCCAGCUGUGUUGCACCCAAUAGCGGGGUGGGGCGAGAGUUCGCCAAAGGAUGGGAGACCGCUAUACGUCAAGCCCUCAUGCCAGUCAUCUUUCAAGACAACCCUCCAGCAGAAGGUCACACUCCUCACCGGCAGGCAUCAGUCAGCAUCUCAGUGUCUAACAGUCAGAUUCAGGAGAACGUGGACAUUGGAAUGGUGUACCAGAUCUUUGCUGAUGAGGUUCUGGGCUCUGGACAGUUUGGUGUGGUAUAUGGAGGAAAACACAGGAAAAGUGGCCGGGAUGUAGCUGUGAAGGUGAUCGACAAGCUUCGGUUCCCCACCAAGCAGGAGAGCCAGCUGAGGAACGAAGUAGCCAUAUUACAGAGCCUGCGACAUUUGGGUAUAGUGAAUCUGGAGUGCAUGUUUGAGACACCUGAGAAAGUGUUUGUGGUGAUGGAGAAACUUCACGGCGACAUGCUCGAAAUGAUUCUGUCGAGUGAGAAAGGACGACUUCCCGAGAGACUCACCAAGUUCCUCAUCACGCAGAUUUUGGCUGCUCUGAGGCACCUUCACUUCAAAAACAUAGUGCACUGCGACCUCAAGCCUGAGAACGUGCUAUUAGCAUCAGCGGAUCCUUUCCCACAGGUGAAACUUUGUGACUUUGGUUUUGCUCGCAUCAUUGGAGAGAAGUCUUUCCGCCGUUCGGUCGUGGGCACGCCAGCUUAUUUGGCCCCCGAGGUCCUGCUGAACCAGGGUUACAAUCGCUCUCUAGACAUGUGGUCCGUAGGUGUGAUCAUGUAUGUCAGUCUGAGUGGAACGUUCCCCUUCAACGAGGAUGAAGAUAUCAAUGAUCAGAUCCACAAUGCCGCCUUCAUGUAUCCACCCAACCCAUGGAAACAGAUCUCUCCUGAAGCUAUCGACCUCAUCAAUAACCUGCUCCAAGUGAAGAUGAGAAAACGCUACAGUGUGGACAAGAGUCUCAGCCAUACCUAUCUACAGGAUUACCAGGCUUGGUUGGACCUCCGAGAACUGGAGUCAAAGCUUGGGGAGCGUUACAUAACCCACGAGAGUGAUGACAGCCGCUGGCAGCAGUACGCACAUGACCACACGCUGCCCUACCCUCCUCACCUGGUGCCCCCUCCACCUGCGUCCGACGAUGACGAGCAAGAGGGAGUGGAGGACGCCGACAUGCAGGGGCUGACAGAGCGUGUUAGCAUCCUUUGAAGAAGAAAUUGAGGAGGAAAGCAAGGGAAAUGAAGAGUACUUGCCUGAACUAAAGCAAUUUUUAAAACUCAACGAGCAUAGGAUGGACGAUGUCACCUUUGUCAGGCCAUCUGAACUCUAACCUCUUUCAGCCAGGACUGCCGCAGAAUUGUUUCUGGAAUGCAGAUAUUAAGGCAGAGAAAGAACAGUUUUGGAUCCCAACCUAGACCUUUACAGUUUUUUUUUUUUUUUUUUUUUUUUUUUAAAUUGACAAGUCUGUUUAAGGAAGCGCUAAUUUAAUUUGGUUGGUUUUCGGUUCAUCUCACCUAACUAGAGGUAUUUUUGAAGAUGCGGUCACAUUUAUCCAUAUUCUGCAUAUUUUGGCAGGUGAAAUCGAAUCUGUUCGAUUGAAAUCCACAUGAUCAUAAAUUUCAUACGAGGGACCAUAGAUUGUAUAAAAACAUGGAAGUAGGGUUCGUGACGUCAUCUGUAGGUUCCUGAAGAGAGUUUUUGGAGCUCGGAGCGGACCGUCGCCAUCUAGGCAGCGCAUCACCAUGCGUCACUCCUGGAUUAUCGAAAAUGGGCAAAAAGGCGGAAAACACGCUGAAACCACGCCCACCUAGCUUGACGGUGGUGACAGCUGCGGCAAUCCAUCUGUCACUCAAGUGGCCACGCCCUUAAUUGUGUAGAACUUUAAGGCUUAAUAUAACUUAAACGGAUGAGUUAUAAAACUAUUCACCCCCCUCACAUGUGUCAUGAAGGCCAAAAUUUGCUAUGUAGCAUAAAACCACUUUUUGUACCAGGCUGUAAACAUAUUUUGUCUGCUGUUACGUUCGAUAUUUGGAGCCAGCCUCUAGCGGCCUGUUGAUGAAUUGCAGUUUUAUUCACUUCAGUAUUGGUUUCACGAGAGAGACCUGAAGGUUGCUGGUUGGUGAGGACAAAAAAUGUAUUCAUGCAGAUUUCGUAAAAGGUUGAAGUUGGUUACACACAUUUGCAUUUACCAACAGAAAGCUACUUGGUUUGAAAGUGAAUUCUUGUGUGAAUGGUGCUUCAUACUAUUUACCUUUAGGGAACACAAUGGAAAAGAGCCGACCAAAAGAUCUCAAGACAUGGUUUUACAAUUUGAUCUACUUAAAGCAUCUUAAUAAAAUGUUGCAAGACAUUAAAAAAAAAACGAGGAAAGAUAUGACACAAUGGCCAGAGACGUUCUCCUGAAAGGUGAUGAAUAAAAGACUCAAAAUGUUUAAAGAGUUUUAAUGGCAAACUGCCUAAAGGUGUGGUCACAUUUACUUCUCAAAAACUUUGUGCCCGAAAUCCAGUCAUUUCAAUAUAAAUCUGUGCAAUCGGAAGUUUCAUGCAAAACAUUUCCCCAAGCAGAUUGCAUUUUUAUCAAUGAACUGGACUUCUGAGUUAGUCAGUCUCACUAACUGACCAAUCGACCAUCAUGACUCUUUCCUAGUUUGUUGAUAACAACAGAAAUGACGUCAAGAUGAAAAUCCCCUGGUCACAUGAAAUGUAUUAGUCAUGAUACAAUAUGCAGAGGAAAAAAAAGUCUAUCAUACUAGAUUAUUUUCUUUGUUUGUGCUCUGUGGUAAUGUCACCUUUAGUUUCAUAUCCACUUUGUCGUAUUGAAACUUUUUGAAAAAUAACCUGGAAGAAGUCCCACAUUCUGGUGUUUUCCACUAUCGACAUCUUAUGAGGACUGUUAAACGGACUGCCCUUCGGCCUUAUCACCUUGUGCACAAAGACAAUCUAGACUGUUCUCAGAUCAGCUGCUGUCAGCAACCCUCUCGUUCAACUGAUCUUUGUACUAGCUGUACUGGAUGUGUAUUCUUACUCUUAACUGACCCUAGACCUGAGCAUUAGGCUGCAUGUCACUGAGAAUUAAGUUUGCUUAAAACGUAUUGCUAUGAAGAACUAUUUUGUACUCAUUUAACCUUAGAUAUUAUGAUUGUAGUUUUUGGAAGGUAACGUCGGAGCAUUUCCAGCAGGUAUAAUAAACAUGGUGAUGC